AUGGAAAUCGUUUCUUACGAGAGAGGUGUCCGCUUCAAUCUACGCCAAGCACUCAUCAGUGAACUCACGACUUAUGGUGUUAUCGGGAAAGGACCUGAUGGUAUGUGUCAAAUUCUCAACCCGAUCUAUCACUAUUGCAUCUUGCAGGCGUUUAAACCAGAGAUCAAUGGGUUGGAACGGGACUACUUGCCUGAAGAUACCGAUUUUCUCGACUACCUCAUGCCCACCGGACAGAUUAAUAUGGAAUUGCUUCUUGACAAUUUCCGAGAUUUCAUUGCACGCGUAGGAUUUCGGAUACUCCAAGUCCCAGACACACCAAAAGAGUUCGUCGGCCAAGACCUCCUUUAUGCCUAUUUCGACCAGUUUGUGAGUCUCAUCCGCGGAGUAAUGUACCUUGAAGUUCAAACCGGGCGUGGCAGGAUGGACCUCGUUAUCUUCCACAACGGGCAGAAAUACAUCGUCGAAACAAAAAUUUGGGAAGGUCAUCGUCGCUAUCAAGCAGGCAAAGCACAACUCGCCGCGUAUCUUAAAUUGGAAAGAGCCGUAGCGGGAUACUACGUCGUCUUCGAUCAUCGUGCCAAACCAGAACCACGUGUAGAAACAGAGACAAUAGACGGUUUAACAACCCGUAGCUACGUCAUUCCUGUCGUACAGGAAGCCCCCUCACAACAGAUACAAGAUUCCACUUGA